UCGUCUCGAUUGUCUCGAGAGAUGCGAUAUAGGUCUCAGCUGAGUUAACGAAUUUUGCAUCACAUGUGGUUCAAACUUGUGCUUGUGCAUUGUAUGCGUCCAGAACAAAAUAAAGACCAUAAAGACUGAUGAGUUAGUGCAGCUUAGCAUCUUUUAUGUGUUAAGCGUACAGGUUAGGUCGCGGCGACAGCGGCUGACCGGACCAGAAAGAUGCUCAAGAUAUUAUCGCUUUACGACUUUGAAGGCCCGGCCUUCGGCGAAGUAGCCGCCGUUGGCUUGAUCGGGGGCACCGUUCACUACUGCACCUACGACGAGCUGCAGGACGAGAUGCAGCCCUUCGCCAAAUACUUGCGUGGCUAUCCUGAGGUCUCGGUCACCCAGGAGAUUCUGGCGACGCGCGAGACUGCACGCGCGAUUAGCGCCGGGGAACUGUUUCUUCCCGUUCAUGACAGCAUCUUCAAGAAGGUUGUCAAUGUUUGGCGAGAGAGAGGGUUGUCUGAGGCAAUCCGCUUUGCCGCAGCUGCAGAUCCAGAGCAGAUCACAGUUGUCGCGCACUGGAUAGCGACAAGACUAAAUUUACUAUUGGAUCUCAUGGAUAGAGGAAUAUAUCACAUUGACGUGUUGCCAACAUCUGGAAAUGGAUCUGUCACCGAUAUUGUUGCUACACGGGACUGGAACACAUCGCUGGUAAGGUGUUUGUCCUGGCAUCCGCACUGUGCUCGUCUGGCUGUGGCUAUGAGGGACGACAGAAUUCGCAUUUUUUCCCAAGGCCUACUGGGUGUGCCGGUGCUGAGACAUAGCGCGCAAAAGUCGGUUUGCUGUUUAAGCUGGAGACCGCACGCUGGUCGUGAAUUAGCGGUAGCCUGUUAUUCUGGAGUACUAAUUUGGACAAUAGAGUUGGGAGCGGCCAGUAAUUUGCUCAGCCACGCGAUACUUUUGAAGCAAAGAAAUCAUGUACCCGUUACAAGCGUCGUAUGGCAUUCACAAGGUGAUUUGUUGGCAUCUUGCUCACCGACGGAUUUAAAUAUAAUAAUCUGGAAUGUAUCGCGAGAGGAAGGAGUUCCUGUGAAACGAAUCGGUGGAGGUGGCAUAUGCUUUACACGUUGGUCGCCUUGUGGCUUGCGAUUGUUUUCUGCUUCAUGCCGAAAUGUUUUUAGAGUUUGGAAUACUGGUAUUCCAAAGCCAUGGCGUGCGGAAAGGUGGACGGUGCCCCAGGGUCGAGUAGCAACCGCAUGCUUUGGUCCUGACUUAACAUUACUUUUUGCUACUACCGAAGAUCCCGCUACGAUAUUCUCGCUGCGAUUGCAAGAUAAUAUAUUUGAUGUUAAAAAGGCGUCUAAUAAUGACGUGAAAAUAGCUUUACGAUUGAUCGAUUUAACGAAAGUAAAUUUCUCAUCGGACGACAAUGAUGAUUAUAUUACGGUUGGAGGUAGAAUAAUUUCUAUGGAAUGGAAUCCAACGGGAAAAUAUCUUGCCAUUCUUUUCCAGGAUAGUCCAGUUAUCGCUCUGGUUAAAACAAAUUUAAGUCGUUUAUCGCGGAUAGUGGAAGCGCAGGCGAGCUGCCUCAUCAAAGGUUUCCCUGGUGAAGUGCCAAAUUGCAUUAACUUCUAUCAAAAACCUUCGUCAUGGAUUUGUUUAACUAUAGCGUGGAGCAGCGGACGUGUGCAGCAUUUUCCAAUUGUUGAAAACGAAUCUAAGGUCGAUACCAGCACACAUUCCGCGUUAUUAUCGCAAUCUAUAAGAUCAAGUGGGUUGCACAGCUUUGAUGUCAGCGGUUACAGACAAAAAAUAUAAUGCCGAUGAGGUAUAAAUAUGUGUGCGUGCGUGGACAGAGCUUACAUAAUUCUCAUUUGGAAGAAGUUUAUAUACCUUCUGCCUGUCUUCGAAAGAGAACGAAGAAAAAAAUGGAUGGCGUCGUUAGACUCUCUAAUGGACUGCGCUUGUAACGUAUGGAGAGGACACAACGCGGUUUCUCUUCGGUGCCUAAUUAUACGAAGUCACAUGCAGAGCGCGCGUCUUUCUAUUUUUACGUCGCUUGACCGAAUGCUAAACGGUUUGCCGGCACGUUAUGUAUGUACUGUACGUGACGCGUCCCACACGCUAUUUUCAAUACUCCGCGUACGUGGUGGAUACGAUUGGUCGGGCGUGCACACACUUCUCGAGUACCUGCAUCGGAUUUGAUUCGAACAAUUGUUUUCUUGUUUAGCCUUUUUAUGGCGAAAAGGGAGGAGAAUUAAUUUUACAUACCUUAUUAUUAUGCACUCUGUUAUUAAAUUAUUAAGCUUCAAGAAUACUCUGACUUGAUUUGAACAAUUUUUUUUAAUAUCUUUUUUUUAUUUUCUCCAGAAAA